AUGGACCUGGAAAAUUACUACGAAAUUGACCGUGUUGCCGACUUCAUCCGCACUAAUAACUUCACCAGAAUUGCAUUGCAGUUUCCGGACCAUUUGCUGAAAGAUUCUAGCAAGGUUUUGCGUGCUUUGAGGCAGAAGCUUCAUCAACUCCACCUUGAUUCUGAUGGGUCAACCCCAGCCAAGCUCUACGUCAUGGCUGACACCACUUACGGCAGCUGUUGCGUUGAUGAGGUGGGAGCUGCUCAUGUUAAAGCCGAUUGCGUCAUUCAUUAUGGCCACACUUGCCUCAGCCCGACCACUACAAUUCCAGCUUUCUGUGUGUUUGGAAAGGCUCCAGUUAGGGCAUCUCAUUGUGCUGAAAAUAUAACCAAGCAAGCAAUGAAAAGUGGCAAGCCUGUUCUGGUUUUAUUUGGCCUUGAAUAUGCUCAUGCCAUUCCAGAUAUAAAAAAGGCUGUUAAUGUGGAAGCAUCAAGCCAUCAGGACUCCAUAUCAGUGUCUGGUGUACUUUUUGCUGAUGUAAGAAGUUCAGUUAUAUAUCCCUUAGCAUCUAAGAAACAGACCGAUGAACUUCUCGGAUUUAGUUACAACCAGGAUCACAAAGAAGACCACAGGAUAGGUGGUUUGUCUUGGAGUCUACCUGCGGGACACAAAAUGGAGGACUACCUUCUCUUUUGGAUUGGUGCAGACAACUCAGCUUUCACAAAUGUAAUAUUAACAUUUAACAGUUCUGAAACUGUCAGAUAUGAUGCAAAUGAAGGUUUUUUGAUGGCUGAUGUGAUGCAACAGUCAAGAAUUCUGAAACGUAGAUAUUAUUUGGUUGAAAAAGCCAAGGAUGCAAACAUGGUUGGGAUCUUGGUUGGAACUCUUGGAGUAGCUGGCUAUCUUGAUAUGAUUCAUCAGAUGACCGAUUUGGUAACAAGAGCAGAAAAGAAGGCCUAUACCCUUGUAAUGGGCAGGCCUAACCCUGCAAAGCUAGCUAAUUUUCCUGAGUGCGAUGUUUUCAUAUAUGUCUCCUGUGCGCAAACAGCUCUGUUGGAUAGCAAGGAGUUUCUUGCUCCUAUAAUUACUCCAUUUGAAGCUAUGCUAGCUUUCAACAGGGGAAGCCAGUGGACUGGAGCAUAUCAGAUGGAAUUCCAAAAUCUGAUAGCUUCCUGUCCUGUGGAAGUAGGUCAAGCACCCGAAGCACGAUUUUCCUUCCUUCAGGGUGGUUAUGUUGAAGACUAUGAUUUACGAGCAGACGUUGAUGAGGAAACAGAUGCAGUUCAUUCUUUGGUAAAUGUAACAGAGAAGGCUCUGCAACUGCAGAAUAAGGACACCCAAUUAUCUAAAGGGAAAAAUGCUCGGUCCGGUGCAGAGUUUUUUGUAGGUCGAUCAUUUCAAGGUCUUGAAAUUAAUGGCAAUGAUGCUUCCCCACAGCCGUUUCUAAUGGGCAGAACGGGGAAGGCGUCUGGGUACAAGGGCGAGCAAACUUAG